AUGCCCUUGGGUAUCCAGCGGCUCAAUGCCAGAAAGCUGCAACCAAACCCGCACAUCAACUUCAUCAAGCCUCUCAGAGGCCCCGACGAAGCUGUAGCCCAGGAUUUCCUGGAACGUAUUGCAGCACAAUGUGUCCCUGUCAUGAGAGAGCAUCACAUUUCAGUCAUGUCACUGGAAGAAUUUGAGCCAAAUAGGGAGUUUGUUGGCCGCAACUUCAACGCUGGAGAGGUCAUCCAACUCGUGCUCAAAAGCCCAUCGACAGGGCGAUGGCUGCCUUUCAAUUAUGUGCAAAUGGUCAUGAUGCAUGAGCUCGCACAUUGUAAGCAGAUGAAUCAUUCGAGAGCAUUUUGGGCUGUACGGAACAAGUACGCAGAGCAGAUGCGACAUCUCUGGACCAAUAAAUACACGGGCGAGGGCCUCUGGGGACCAGGCCACCUCUUGAGCACGGGACAGUUCGAAUUCAAUACUGUUUUGGCCGACGAAGUCUUGCCUGAGCAUACAUGCGGCGGAACGUAUCGGUCUAGAAGACCCAAGCGAAAAGCCAAGGACCAGCUCAGCUAUCAACAGCGAAAAGAGCGCAGGAUCCUAAAGAAGUUUGGUGCAAAUGGCGUGGCUCUAGGUGAAGACGAGGUCGUCAAAUCUGAGUUAGAAGGAGGUAAGAAAACUCAAGGAAAGCCUAGAGUUGCCAAGAGCAAGAGAGGGCGGGACCUAAGGGCUGCAGCCGCCCUCGCACGUUUUGAUCAGCAGAAGAAGGCUGAGGAGGAAGAAACCAAACAGCAAGUCAAGGCCGAGGACGAGACGGACAGCGACGAUGAUUUUGACGUGGCAAGCGAGGGCGACUUUGACGAGCCUGAUGCGCUUGAUAUCAACGGGAAGAAGCUCCUGGAUAACAACGGACAGGCUUUGAUCAAGGUCUGCGAGGACGAAAACCCUGAAGAUGGUGACGCUCAAAACGAACUGCGAGAGCUACAGUCAUCAAUGAUUGUGGCGCAGUCCAAUCCGUCGCGUCAACGAACGGCGAUCAAGCAGGAGAAUGAAACCGACCUUUCCUUGCAAGACUUGCCAUCUUUGGAAAAGCCCACGAAACCCGGUGGCAGAGAGCUCCAAGCCGCAUCGUCAAAACAAGAUCCUGUCAAUAAGAAAGACGGCACCGAGAAGACAGCCAGAAGCAUCAGCCAGUCCAUAUUGAGACUUCAGACACCAAAGGAGGGGCCUGCUCUCACUGCAACCACCGAAGUUACAAACAAUGAAUCAUCAGUCGAGUCUGUCAGAUGCCCAAUGUGCUCGACAGAGAAUGGACCCAUCAGUCUAACGUGCAGCGUGUGCUCACACGUGCUAGACAUGAGAAAAGAUCCCAAGGCCUGGGCAUGCACGAGUGUGUCCUGUCAGGGAAGUCAAUAUCGCAAUGCAGGCGAUAACGGAGUUUGCGGCGUCUGUGGCAGUCGCAAGGCAACUUGCUGA